CCCUCCCCCCCCCACGUCACCUUCUCUCUCUAAAACUCCAUAAAGGCCAAACCUUUCUUACUCUCUCUCUCUAAAACUCCAUAAAGCCCAAACCUUUCUCUCUCUCAAGAUCGAGACUUCGUUCAUUCUCAUUUCAUGGGAAACCUCUGUUCUUUGUUUGCUCCGCCUAAGCCCGUCAAGAAGAGACGACCCAUCACGAAGCGUCAACCAUCCGUACCAAGGUCAGCUUCGGGUCCUAGGAACAGGCUCAGAUCGUCUUCUUCUUCCUCUACGAGGGACAACAAGUUCGAAGAUGCCAUUUUGUUCGGCGGCGGCGUCGACGGUGGAUCGCUUCCGUUUGAUCGGUCCGCCUCACAGCGUUAUCCUGUUUCCGGUUCGAAGAAGAAUCAGUUGCCUCGGAGCUCCAGCACAAGGUCAAGAUCCUCCACCGAUCCUCUGUUACAGCCUCAUCAGUUUCUGAACAAGGGUAUAAAGCUAGAUGACUUGGAAACAAACCAUUUUAUCCUCAUCCAUGGAGGAGGUUUUGGAGCUUGGUGUUGGUACAAAACCAUCGCGCUCCUCGAAGAAGAUGGUUUCAAAGUUACCUCCAUAGACUUAGCUGGUUGCGGUAUCAACUCAUUCAAUAUAAAUAGCAUCUCCAGUUUGUCACAAUACGUGAAGCCACUUACUGAUGUUCUUGAAAAGCUUCCACCAGGAGAGAAGGUGAUCUUGGUUGGUCAUGACUUCGGUGGAGCAUGUAUAUCCUACGCUAUGGAACUGUUCCCUCUCAAGAUCUCAAAAGCUGUGUUCCUCGCAGCAGCGAUGUUGACUAACGGUCAGAGUACACUUGACAUGUUCUCGCUGCAGGCAGGUCAGAGCGAUUUAAUGAGAAAAGCUCAGAUAUUUAUCUACACAAACGGCAAUGAACACCCUCCAACCGCCAUUGACUUAGACAGGUCUCUUCUUAAAGACCUUUUGUUCAACCAAAGCCCUUCAAAGGACGUUGCAUUGGCUUCUGUGUCGAUGAGGUCAAUCCCAUUUGCGCCGGUUCUUGAGAAACUCUCUCUCUCGGAUGGUAACUACGGAUCGGUGAGACGGUACUACAUACAGACGUUAGAAGACAAUGCUAUACCAGUGGCUCUCCAAGAAAACAUGAUCAAUAGUAGUCCUCCUGAAAAAGUUUACCGGUUAAAAGGUGCUGAUCAUGCUCCUUUCUUCUCCAAGCCACAAGCUUUGCAUAAACUUUUGCUUGAGAUCUCCAGGAUUGGAGCCUCUCACAUGUAGGUGCCUUCAUACAUUAUAUUUUGCUCUCUUCCUUUGUAGUUUCUUGUUUCUUUUUACUGUUAUGUUUGUAUUUAUUUCUUCUUGUUUGUUCUGUUUUCACCAGAAACAAAAUGUUCAUAAAAAAUGUUAUUUAUUUA